AUGCUGUCGACUUCCACUCGAAAGACCCUGCUGGGCGUCUUGUGCUGGGCUCUUAUUGCCCCCCAAGCCCUUACCGGUCAUCCGAACGUCCAUCAUCAACACCACCAGCACCACCAUCAUGGCCGUGCAUCAUCUUCUGUGACCGCUACAGCCUCGGGCACCGUGCCGAUGAGCUCGGCGGCGACAGGUGUAGAUGAUGCAAAGGAGACAGUGCGCAAGGCUCUCGAUGCACUCGCCGUCGUCAACAAACUCCGGAUGGAGAAUAUCAACUUCAACACUUACGAAUUUGGUGAACCUGGGGUCGCCAGGGGGGAUGCCCCACCGUUGGACAUCGAUACUCCCCCAACAGAGGAACAGGCGAGAAAGCGGUCGACGGAUGGCAGGGGUUUCGCCUACUCCAUCCCCAAAGAGCUGAGGGAGGCGGCGCGCAUCGUGGCCGAGUCUGCACCUCCCUCUACUCCCGAGGGAGAUCACGAAAAGAUAGCUGCGGAAAUCCGUCGCAAGUAUGCACGGGACACUAAUGACACGAAUGUCCCUCGGCAGGCACUUCUGCACCAGGAUGGCUCUAGUGGGUUGGCGGCGGCCUGGCAGGACCACCUCUUCCCCGAAACCAGCGAUCGCCGAGACGAGGUCGUCAAGAGAGCGACAGGAUCGUAUUGGAUGACCACAAUCCAACAGCGUGGCAGCAGCCCCUUCGCUCCCGAAGGAUACCAGGUGUGGCGCAACGUCAUGGACUACGGGGCGAAGGGAGAUGGAAUGACAGACGACACGGCUGCCAUUAACCGGGCGGUCUCCGAUGGAGGUCGAUGUGGCGCAAAUUGUGGUUCGAGUACAAUCUAUCCCGCUGUUGUCUAUUUCCCCCCCGGGACGUACCUGGUCAGCAGUUCCAUCAUCCAGUACUACAACACGCAGUUCCUGGGAGAUCCGAUUACAGUCCCCACGGUCUUGGCCGCCUCCAGCUUCGUUGGACUUGGGGUCAUCACAUCAGACGUGUACGUCAGUGAUACGGAGCAGUGGUAUAUCAACCAGAACAACUUCCUCCGCAGUAUCAAGAACUUUAAGAUUGACGUCCGGCUUACGGACCCCUAUGCUUACGUUUGCGCUAUCCACUGGCAGGUGGCGCAGGGUACGUCGUUGGAGAACAUCGAGUUUUACGCCCUGACCGGUACGACGCAGCAGGGAAUCUACAUGGAGAAUGGCAGUGGCGGAUUUCUCAGUGACCUGACCUUCGUCGGGGGCAACUUUGGGGCCUUUUUCGGCAAUCAGCAAUUCACAACCAGCCACUUGGUCUUCGUGAACUGUAACACGGCCCUCCAGAUACAUUGGGACUGGGCCUGGACCAUGCAAGAUGUCGUUAUCGAGUCCUGCACUACCGGAAUCAUCAUCGUCGGCGGUGCUGGUGGGCCCAUGAGUAAUGGCCAGCCCGUGGGUUCCUUGCUCCUCACCGAUGCUCUCAUCGCGAACACCCCGACGGGCAUCCUUAGCUCACUCUACGCCGAAAAUUCGACGGCAUUGCUCGUGCAGAAUACUGGCUUCUUCAAUGUGGAGAAAGCAAUCGUGGACGACGUCCUUUCCAAGACUCUAGUGGCGGGCGGAGAUGAGGUCUUCAUUCAUAAUUGGGGCUUCGGCAUGCUUUCCACCGAAUCCGGUGUGAGUGAGUUUGCGAAUGGAAUACCAAUACCCACCAUGAAUCGUACUGCCUCGCUCCUGGCCGAGACCGGGUAUGUGAACCGCAACUUUUUCACCCGGCGUCGGCCCAAGUAUUACGACAUUGGCCAGUCGCAGAUUAUGGAUGUUAAGGUCCUAGGUGCCAAAGGAGAUGGUGUUACUAACGAUGGGCCGGUUCUUAAUGCUAUCCUCCAGAACGCUGCCAACCUCUCCUCAAUUGUGUACUUCCCCUUUGGCGUCUACGUGGUGAGAGACACACUCAAAGUGCCGGUUGGCAGCCGUAUUAUUGGGCAGGCCUGGUCGCAGAUCAUGGGCAAAGGCAGUAACUUUCAAAACGAGCUUAAGCCUCGUGUCGUGAUCAAAGUCGGCGAACCAGGUGAUGUUGGGAUUGUGGAGAUUCAAGAUAUGCUCUUUACUGUUGGUGGGAACACCGCGGGAGCAGUUCUGAUGGAGUGGAAUGUGCACGAGUCAACCCAGGGUUCGGCGGGGCUAUGGGAUUCCCAUUUUCGUGUUGGUGGUGCCAUUGGCUCUGCCCUGCAAGCCGAAGAUUGCCCCAAGCUAACAGGAAGCGUCAACCCGUCAUGCAAGGCGGCUUCUCUACUUCUCCAUCUCACUCCCGAGAGCUCAGCAUACAUGGAAAAUGUAUGGGUUUGGGUAGCUGACCAUGACCUGGACAAGGUUACCCAGGAUCAGAUUGAUGUAUAUGUCGCGCGCGGGGUGUUGAUUGAGAGCCAGGGGCCAACAUGGCUAUACGGAACAGCCUCUGAACACUGUGUCUUGUACCAGUAUCAGCUGUCUAAAGCAGAGAAUAUUCUCCUGGGCAUGAUCCAAACCGAGUCUCCCUAUUACCAACCUGUCCCCAAGGCGCCGCGGCCGUUCACGCCUGGGAUUUUCCCAGAUGAUCCCACCUUUGACGAUUGCGCUACUGGUUCGAGCACCUGUGCAGUCUCCUGGGCGGUGCGGAUUAUUGACUCCAAAACGGUCUACCUGCUCGGGGCAGGGCUUUAUAGCUGGUUCUCUGAUUAUAGUCAAGACUGUCUAGAGACCGAAGAUUGCCAGCAGCGAGGGUUCCAUAUUGAGGAGAGCAAUGAUAUCUGGAUCUACAAUCUAUGCACAAAGGCUAUUGAGGAAAUGAUCACACCCGUCAAGGAGCUUGUGACAAUGGCCACGGACAAUCGGAAUGGGUUCCUCUCUUCCAUUCUCGCAUGGGUGCGCAACUCGUCGGACACCACGAUCGGCCAACGGGAGUUUGAAGGUUUCCAGAUCUACCUGCCUGGGAGUGCUUACAUCGAGGACCUUACCGCAACAUGCCAGACAGCACUAACCCAGACCAUCAAAUGCCAUGCGAAACUACAGGGAUGGCAGGAGCCGACCAUGCGGGGCUCCCUGGACAACGUGACCCUUACUGACGAGCUGUGUGAUGUUGGCUGCGGAAUGUCACUCCGCAAUUACUAUGACGCGGUUACUGCGGCAUGCCAGAACCAGAACUUUACCGUUCCUGCGGGCGUCACAUUCCCUGAGCGAGCGGGCGGAACCAUCUGGACUGGUUAUAACGAGACCUGCCUGAAGGAUCCAUCCUCGGGUGAAUAUUGCAAUGAUAUCAUUAAUACCUUUACAAUUGUCGACACGUACGAGGAUAUGCCAGUGGAUGAGCUUUGCUCCCCGUGCUAUAUCUCUCUGCACCAGACGAUGCAAGCAUCUCCAUAUUCAGUCUAUCACGACUCGCUGCAGUCCGACUAUCUUAAAGCACGCCUGGAUUAUAUCUACAAGCAAUGCGAUGUAGAUGAGGGCCCAACCAACAUCAAAGACCCUCAAUAUAUCCCCGUCGAAGUAGAGCCAAUACCAUGCUUUACGGACGUCACUUACACCACGAAAGAAGGCGAUACCUGCGAUAGCAUCGCCCUGCGCUACUCGGUCGCCUCGGCUGCGGUGCAGAGUGCAAACACAGACCAGAUCAGCAACUGCAGCUCAGUGAAGUCAGGCAGGGAGCUGUGCAUCCCGCUAACGUGCGACAGGCUCUAUGUCCUCGACGACCAAGACACAUGUGAUUCGAUUGAGCGCGCUACGGACAUCGAUCUGGGAGGCCUAAGGGCCUAUAAUCCGUGGAUCAAUUAUUUCUGUGACAACCUUGUCCCAACAGUCUGGAUCCACGGUCGGAUCCUUUGCCUGUCGCCACAGGGCGGGCAGUACAACGUGACAGACCCUAUUCCAGGGGUCGUCGUUGCCCCUGGUGAAACCACUGGAUACUCGGGCAUGGUGGUGGCGCCACCAAACGGCACCACACUGGCAGAGGGGACGACGAUUUACUGUGGAAAGUGGUACACGGUCUCCUCAAGUGAGGAGACGUGCGCGGCUGUGUGCAGCUCGACAGGUAUUACGGCGGACCUGUUCCGCGCCGUCAAUCCAAGUCUUGCGGGAGAGGGACUUGAGGAUUGUACGGAGUUGAUGGAGGUCGGGCUAACGUACUGCGUUGCACCAAUUUGGGGUUGGGAGGAUGUCGACUCAUUCAUCUACUGA